AUGGCAAGAUCCACGGCGCUUUCGCUCUGCGCGGCCUUUGCGUUUGCUGUCGGCGCGCAUUCCCAGUCUUGCAUUGGCAGCACCGGGUCCAAAACAUACGAGGCUGAGAACGGAAUCCUUUCCGGAACCAGAAUCGAGAAGGCUCAGGCUGGAUUUACGGGCACCGGCUACGUGACCGGCUUCGAGGAUGCCACCGACAAGGUCACCAUCAACGUCGACUGCAAGGGAGACGGCCAAAAGCUCUUGGACCUGAGCAUCAGAUAUGCAGCCAUCUACGGCGAGAAGCGCACGAACGUCGUCUUCAACGGCGGUGCGGCCAGCGAGGUGCUGUUGACUGCCGGCCAGACCUGGGCCGACGUCAACGCUGGCCAGGUGUUGCUCAACGAGGGCAACAACACGAUUGACAUCGUGAGCAAUUGGGGAUGGUACCUCAUCGACUCCAUCACCCUCACGCCCACCAAGGCACGCGGGCCCCACGACAUCAACACCGCUCUCGUCAACCCGAAGGCCAACGCCGACGCCAACGCCCUCUACAAAUACCUCGGCUCCAUCUACGGCAAGAACAUCCUCUCGGGCCAGCAGGAGCUCUCGUACGCCAACUGGGUCAACGAGACGAUCGGCAAGACACCGGCGCUCGUCAGCGUCGACCUGAUGGACUACACCCCCAGCCGCGUCGAGCACGGCACCGUCGGCACCGCCGUCGAGGAAGCCAUCGCGCACCACGAGCGGGGCGGCAUCGUCUCGGUCCUCUGGCACUGGAACGCGCCGGCCGGCCUCUACGACACGGAGGAGAACCCGUGGUGGAGCGGCUUCUACACGCGCGCCACCGACUUCGACGUCGCGACCGCCCUCGCGGACCCCGGCGGCGCCAACUACACCCUCAUCAUCCGCGACAUGGACGCCAUCGCCGUCCAGCUCGCGAGGCUCCGGGACGCCGGCGUGCCCGUCAUCUGGCGCCCGCUGCACGAGGCCGAGGGCGAGUGGUUCUGGUGGGGGGCCCAGGGGCCCGAGGCGUGCAAGAAGCUCUAUGCCCUGCUGUACGACCGGCUCACCAACCACCACGGGCUGGACAACCUCAUCUGGAACUGGAACUCGGUCUCGGCGGACUGGUACCCCGGCGACGACACAGUCGACAUUGUCAGCACAGACGUGUACGCCCAGGGCCAUGGACCCAUGACCUCGCAGUACAACGACCUCCUCGCCCUCGUCAAGGAUAAGAAGCUCGUUGCGGCGGCCGAGGUCGGGAGCGCCCCCUUUCCUGAUCUUCUCCAGGCGUACGGGGCAGACUGGCUGUACUUCUGCGUCUGGAGUGACACGUAUAUCAACAACCCAGAGUGGAACAGCGUCGAGGACCUGAAGAAGAUAUACGACAGCGAAUAUGUCCUUACUCUGGACGAAAUCCAGGGAUGGAGAGGUUGA